GGAGCGACGGGCCGGGCCGGGGCGGUGCCGCGGGAGGUGCGGGGCCGUGCGGGGGGCCGGCAGCCCAGGCCGGGUCGCGCAGGCGGGGGACGUGCAGCUCCGCGCUGCCGGGGCGCCCUGCCUGCCCUGCCGGCCCUGCCUGCCCCCCACCCCCCACCCGGGGCGCCGCCACACGCCGAGCCGCGCCGGAGCGGCCGCGGCCCCGGCCCCGCAGGCAAGAAAAGGGAAAAAUAAGUCAGUUCUGACUCUCACUCCCCACCCAUCAAAACGAUUACAUGUCUCCUGGCCCAUCCCAACUACUACUUCAGAGGAUUUUGAAGAGACCGUGUCUCACACAAAAAUCUUGAAAGGCUUCAGGGGCUCCUUUCCCACUGAGAAGAUAAAGCACAACUAGCAUCCAGGAAGUGAGUGGAUUUUUCCUUCCGUCUCCCUGACAAAGUCACCAAAUUCCUGAGAAACACAACCUGAUUUUUCUGAAGUUGUUGAAGCUCAUAUUAGCAGAGUGGAGUUCAUUUUUUCUUUUUAGCCCUGCAAAGCUACCUGGUAUUUGAAAUGCUGAAGAGGAAAUUACGGUUUUGCCACAACUCGCACUUCAGGCUUUUCUUGGGUCUAACUCUUAUUUUAGUAAUCAUUUCGGUUUUAAAAGUUAACCAGAAACAAGACUUCUUAAAUCGGAGACAUCUAGAGUUGACAAAAGAAGAUCCUAUUGGCAAUAUUAACUGCACCAAGAUUAUAGACGGGGAUAUAGAAGAAAUUCAAAAGGUAAAGCUUGAAAACUUGUUAGUGUCAUUUAAGAAGCGCCCCAGAUUAACAACAAAUGAUUAUAUUAACAUGACAGCAGACUGUGCCUCCUUCACCAAGACUAGGAAAUACAUUAUGGAACCUCUCAGCAAUGAAGAAGCAGAAUUCCCAAUUGCUUACUCAAUAGUCGUUUAUCACAAAAUUGAGAUGCUUGAUCGACUUCUAAGAUCAAUCUAUGCCCCUCAGAAUUUUUACUGCAUUCAUGUUGACAAAAAGUCUCCAGAAUCUUUCUUUGCUGCUGUGAAGGGAAUAGUCUCAUGUUUUGAUAAUGUCUUUAUUUCCAGCCAGUUAGAGAGUGUUGUAUAUGCUUCAUGGAGCAGGGUACAGGCAGACAUUAACUGCAUGAAAGAUCUCUACAGAAGAAGUUCAAACUGGAAAUACCUAAUAAACCUCUGUGGCAUGGACUUUCCUAUAAAGACCAACCAGGAAAUAGUAGAGAAAUUAAAAGCCCUUAAAGGUGAAAACAGCUUGGAAACGGAAAAAAUGCCCGUAUAUAAAGAAGUAAGGUGGAAAAAACACUAUGAAGUAAUUGAUGGUAAAAUAAAGAACACAGGUGUAGACAAAGAACUACCACCUCUCAGUACUCCAAUUUUUUCUGGUAGCGCCUAUUUUGUAGUUAGCAGAAGAUUUGUAGAAUACGUAUUAGAAAGCAGCAAAAUACUUAAGUUCAUUGAGUGGGCAAAAGACACUUACAGCCCAGAUGAGUACCUGUGGGCGACAAUUCAGAGAAUCCCUGAAGUCCCAGGUGCAGUUUCUUCUAGUGAGAAGUACGACGUUUCUGAUAUGAACGCACUGGCCAGGUUUGUCAAGUGGCAGUACUUUGAAGGUGACGUAUCCAAAGGUGCACCCUACCCACCGUGCAGUGGAGUUCACGUUCGCUCUGUCUGUGUUUUUGGGGUAGGAGACCUGAACUGGGUGCUACGAAACCACCACUUCUUUGCUAAUAAGUUCGACACUGAUCUUGACCCUUUUGCAGUGAAAUGUUUGGAAGAGUAUUUGCGACACAAAGCUUUGUAUCUGCAAAAGAACUGAAAUACUGCAUGCGCCUUUGACGAAACAUAGGUACAAAUAGUGUACAGCUAUGUACAUUAAUAUGCAACACCAAUGGUGGUGAUGCUGAUUAUGGGUAUAAUUGUUCUUGCCACGUCUGUAUGGUGGUGAUGACACCCUCCCUGCCUUCACUAUGGACAAGGGGAAGAGAAGACAUGUUUCAAGUGAAUAUGGGGAUGCCUUGUGUUGCACACUGAAGCUUGUAACUUUGGGUACAAAAUUGAAGACAGCAAUUUCUGGAAGGCCAUUUACUUGGAAUAUUUAUUAUCUAAAAGGUGUAAUUAACUAUAAUGGCUUGACUAAACUGUUUUAAGGCUUGGGAAAUGCAUGUUGUUCAUGGUUAUUCCUCAUUUUUUUUUCCCAUGAAUGUAAUGCUAGCUGGAAAGGAAAAACUAAGAGGUUGGGGGGGGGGGGUGUUGGAGAAAAAAAGCAGCUGGACUGCACAGACUUCAUGCUGAGUACUGAAAGAUCUCAGGAAAAUAAUAUGAGAAUUGAUCUGAAAACUAUUCAAAAGGGAAUAUACCAAAGCCAGCUGUUGUUAUUUAACUUAAAUCUGAUUGCUCUAGUCUGUAACAUGUUAUUCUUAAUCCUGCUGAAAAUUUCAUCUUCAGCAUGGAGUAUUAAGGACUUGUGUUUAAAUUUUGGUAGCCAAAUCUUGCUUUUGUACUCUUAAACCCCCCUGAUAAUGUGAUAUAAAGUUUAUACACUAGUUUGUAAUUACAUGUUCUCAGGGAAACUUCAGUUUUGUGCCUGAUGAGAGUUAGACUUGUAGUUUUACACUUCCUACUGUAUCAGGAGUCUUGAUUUUGGAUCAUGGAUCCAAGAUGACUCAAGUUUCUCAAAUGCUUCAAAGAACUGCAGUAGUGUCUACAUGUCACUGAUGGAACUGCUGGUUUCUGCUUUUUGUCAAGCUCAGUUUGCAUUCCAGAUUCUUCUAACCUUGAUUAUGCAAAAAUAAAGUUAUUUU